UUCCAUUCUGACCGGAAAUGAAGUUGUUAGAGAGAAAAGCCUCUUAGAGGGCCUGCGACACAAAUACCAGUUGCCAGCGGAUAUAGCCAUGAGGGUGGCUCUGUAGUUCGGUCGACCAUAUUGUGACUUUGUGAUUGACGAAGAAAUUACCAGGAAACUGUUUGUUUUUUCUCAACCUUCCUCACUUUUAAGAAGAUCUGAUCCUUCUUUCUCCGAUUUAUGAUGGGCGGAUAGUCGAAUUUUAUCCCAAAUAUGAGCGAAGCGGCCAAAGAGCGUGUAAUAGCGCUCGGAACUCAGUUCAAUACGAUGGAGCAUUCUGCUUCAGAAGAUCCAACUCUUGUGACUUUCGAAACGGGUAGUCCGAAAAAAUCCUUUUGGAAAAGAAACACGAGUAAAUUACCUGGAAGUAUAAAACCCGCACAUGGAACUCAAGACUUGUUGUCUUCGAGCGUUUUGCCGAGUGCCAACCAGACUUCCAGCAUUCAUGGCAAAGCCAAACCUAAACCAUUAAGUUUCCAGGAGUUUAACAGCAAGACAAAUGAUGCGUGGGGUGAGGAUGAUGACGAUGUGAUCCGUGUGGACCCAGAAGAGAAGAAGCACUCCAAACCUGAUUCUCGAGUGCGCACAAUCAGUGGAGGUGAGGUCAGAGCAAGUAUUCCAACUAAUGUGACUUCCAAAGAAACUAAGAAACUUCCAGAACAGUUGGCCAAGAAAGAUGAACACAAGACGUCGCGACCUUCACCACUGAGCUUACUAACACGGCACAAGAAUCAGUCAUCUUCCAAGUCUUCGGCCCAUUCCCCUCCCCCUCCCCCUGUCAGUCUUCAGUCUCCCAAGCCCCCCUCCCCCAUUAGAGCUGUCAAACUGGAAUUCCAAGAUCAAGAAGUACACAAGCUUGAAAAAUUUGGAAAGCUGUUGGCAGGUCCUAACACUGAUCUAGAUGCAAUAAGGAAAUUGAGUUGGUCAGGAAUCCCAGUCACAGUCCGCCCAACAACAUGGCAGUUGCUCUGUGGAUAUUUACCAGCAAAUAUUGACAGAAGACAAGCAACGUUGGACCGCAAGCGAGAAGAGUACCACAAUUUUGUCAAGCAGUAUUACCCAACAAGAUACGAGGAUACAUAUCAUGACACAUUUAGACAGAUACACAUUGAUAUUCCACGAACAAAUCCUCUGAUUCCUCUUUUUCAACAACCCUUGGUGCAAGAGAUAUUCGAGAGGAUCUUGUACAUUUGGGCCAUCCGUCACCCAGCGAGUGGUUAUGUACAGGGAAUCAAUGACCUUGUGACGCCUUUCUUUGUGGUGUUUUUAUCAGCGUAUGUGGAUGGUGACCUAGAGAACCACGAUGUGAGCGGACUUUCACAGGAGACCUUGGACACCAUAGAAGCUGAUAGCUUUUGGUGUAUGAGCAAACUGCUCGAUGGAAUACAGGAUAAUUACACAUUUGCACAGCCUGGAAUACAAAUGAAAGUCAACGCGCUUAAAGAACUCAUCCAAAGAAUCGAUGAACCUCUGAAUCAUCACCUGGAGAGAAAUAAUGUUGAAUAUUUACAGUUUGCCUUUCGUUGGAUGAAUAAUCUUCUAAUGCGUGAAAUGCCUUUAAGAUGUACAAUACGACUUUGGGAUACUUACCUGGCUGUAGAAAAUGGAUUCGCUUCAUUUCAUCUGUACGUCUGCGCAGCGUUCUUGAAACAAUUUUCAAAAGAAAUUGUGGAUGAAACAGACUUUCAGGGUUUGAUGCUUUUACUACAGAAUCUACCAACAACGAAUUGGGACGAUCAGCAAAUAAGCCUCCUCUUGGCAGAAGCUUACAGAUUAGAGUACAUGUUUGCAGACGCCCCAAAACAUUUACAGCACCUCUCGUGAGAUGAAUGAAUCAAUGCAAUAUUUUGGCCGUGUAAAUACAGGGUAUAUACUUAGUUUGAACCCAGAGCACCGUUCCAGAAUGGCGGAUAAGCUAGUUCUGGACUCAUGUAAGAACCUUCCAGCGGUCUCCGAGAUUUAACACUAAUGGAUUCUUAAACCGCUAGACGCUAUCUGGUUUAUUUGUGAGAUUGACAUUGGGACAGUGUAAUGUUUAACUGGAUGUAGAAGUGACUUACUCUAGAUUUCUUAUCUAGAUUUCUUAUCUAGAUUUCUAGAUACUUAUUCCCAUAUCUAAAUGAAUGAAUUCGACGAAUUUUUUUUUUCAAUGAA